AUGGCCUACCGCCUCAUCACCCAAGUCCUCUUCGUUGGCACCCGCAUUGUCGGCCGCUCCUUUGCCGCUGCCUACAAGCAGGCCCAGGCCUCGUCCGAGUACCAGCGCGCGCAGGUCAAGAACGGCACCGCGGGCGCGGGCGCCAAGGGCAACCUGUCUUCGGGCAUGACGCUUGACGAGGCCUGCAAGAUCCUCGACGUCGAGACGCCCAAGGACGGCUCCAAGAGCGCGGGCGACGUCAUGGAACGCUUCAAGAAGCUCUUUGACGCCAACGACCCUAAGAAGGGCGGCAGCUUCUACCUGCAGAGCAAGGUCUUGCGCGCGAGAGAGAGGUUGGAGAAGGAGAUUGGGCCACUGGUCGAGAAAGAGGAGGUCGAGACUGAAACGAAGGAGGGGUUCAAGCCCAAGAUCUACAAGGACCGGUGA